AUGACCACCACCAACAACGGUGGACGAUCACGUCUUCAAGGAGCCGCCACGAAACCUGGAUCAAUAGAAUUAUCAGUCAAAGACGCCACACUUUCUGUGCCAUCCUCCAAGUCAUCUUCAGUAUCUCGCUCCCCGUCGCGAGCUAGUCAAGCCAACAAAUUCAGUGCUCCGACCAGCCUGACCGAUGCAACCAACGACAAAGCUACAGCGUCGCUGAUCCGCCGUGUGCUCUGUCCACAAUCCAAUAGUCAUGGGUCAGACCAACGGGAAAGGGGGACCUCGCGAUCGCUAGAAGAGUUGCUUCCUCCGCUAACAAGUUCAAACGAAGUCGACCUACAGCUCUAUGCUCUAAUUGCCAUCAUAAUUAAAGAGUUUGUUAAUGUCUGGUACUCCAAAAUUACGACAGACCAUACUUUUACAGAUGAAGUUAUUCAAAUUAUUGCCCAUUGCACCCGUGCGCUAGAACAAAGGCUGCGACAAGUAGAUGUGGACUCUUUGGUCUUGGAUGAGAUUCCUGCGCUGAUUGAAGCGCAUGUUGUUGCUUACCGCACCGCCAGCCAGAAUCCGCAACUAAACUGCCCUGCCUCUUAUUUCCGUACGGUUUACCACACUUUAAACCCACAUCCAGCACUCUCCCCCGUCCCGGACCUGUCAGAUCCGAAGACGACUGAAGAACAGCAAAAACGGGAAACAGUUUACCGUCAAUUGCUUGCCCAGGGAAUCUUAGCUGUGCUUCUACCAACCGAGGAUCUGGAGAAUGAUUGCCUGAGAACUUUGGUUGGUGAUAUUUUGGCAGAUAUGAUCCUGGGCGAAUUGGUCGGCGGCAAGGCCAGUGAAGGUCCUUUUAUCUGGGAAAUUGUCACACACCUUAUCACGGUAAUUAAAAAGGAGGGAUGUUCUAACGAAAAGGUGCAGCACGUUCAAAGAAGUCGACUUGAAAAGUUCGGCCUUCUUUCAACGAAUGAGGAGUCUGCCAGCGACGAUUCGUCAGUCGCAAACAAAUCAAAUUUGUCAGCGAUUUUGUGGAGUUUCUUGCAAUAUUGCUAUCUGAUAUAUCUGGCUUUUCGAUUUACAGUGGCUGGCCUUUUCCGAGCAGCGUCCUCGUCACUUCCGGUUGCUUCACGGAAAGCGCCGUCUUCAUCUCCGCCACCGAGCCCCCUCAACCCUGCAUGUGAAGCACAAUAUUUAACCAACAGGGGCAGCUUGCAGCGUCCCGUUCUUAAAUAUCGACUCUUUGGCAUGGUGUCGCAAUUGGUCGAUGUGCCAAAGCGAAUGCCAUGGCUCGGAGGGGUUCUAGCUCUUACCCAGCAUGCGAUGGUUGAAGGACCAGGAAUGAUCGGGAACACUGGGGAGAUUGUCGACCGGUUCUUACACGAGACGAUCCAGAACCAUCUAUUGACCCCCACAAUCUUGCCAGUUUUGCUCCUUGCAAUUCGAACGACGCUCUUCCCGUUGAAUUCCAAACCCAGUCUAAACACCAACAUUUCCACUGCUAGGUCAUCAUCAGCAGAUUUGACGGUGCCUCAGGCUCCUGUCGGAACCAACGGCUCCUCGGGUUCAACCAAGUUGGAAUCACAAACAUCAUCAAAAUCCCAAGCAAAUCUUAUUAGGCGAUCAUGCGCGGCUAGUAUUCUCUCGCUAAUCCCACACAGAGUGGCUUUGGCAAUAUUUUGUAUUCCAACAACUACAGCUGAAAAAUCACGACAGACACUGAAAUUAGAAUCUACGAAUAUAGCAAACACUUCCAACCGCAACAGUAACAGAGAACCCAACGUUGACACGGAUAUUGACCUGAGACUCGGAUCCGCUUAUGGUCCAUGCAAGUCUGGCGUUAACCCAUCUGCAUCUCAACCCAUACAAAGUGCUCCCGGUUCCUUUCGCUAUUCUAAAACCAUGAGCACUCCCAAUACAAAUCCGGAUAGAGAGAACAAAAAUAGUGUUGCUCAUCCUCAUACUCAAGCCCUCGGGGCGUCCUUAGGCGAGCAUGAAGCAAAUGACGACCAAGAAGAGCUGCUCCUCUCCGCCAUUGAACGUGAUAUAUUAGAUUUAUUUGCGGAUACAUAUUGUAACAAACAUCUCAUGUACUCAAUCAUCGAAACGGUGCUCGUCAAACUCCUGCCCGAAAUCUCCGAACUUGGAGUAACCGAACUAAUGGCUGAACGGGGCGUCUAG